CUUCUCGCCCUCUGUAUUCACUUGGAGUUCUGAGGUGAGCAUUUGUGGACUGAGGCAUUUCAUCUCCAUUAGAGGGAACUUAUGCCACCGGAAAGAAUCCGUUUCUCCGUUGGAUGAUGACUUCUCGUUACCAGAGAGAAGGGUUCUUACCGGACACAUCUACCCCUUCGCAGUUGUUUUGAGGCUGCGUGUUCUACAGAUCGUGUGUGGCAUUUCGGCGCUCGUGAUGGGAACAGUUGCCUUCAUCGAGGAGAGGGGAGGUUUCAAUCUUGGGCUGGGAGUUCCUGCGGGAGUGACUACCGUCGUAGCGGCAGCGGCGUCGAUCCACACCUCGCGGGGGUUCUCCGGGUACCAGCAGCCGUCGUGCGACCCGCCGCUCUCCCGCUUCCGCUUCCUGGGCCCCUCGAUCCAGGCGGCGAUCCCUUUGACCCUCCUCUGGCUCACGGCCUGCACGCUCAACGUCCUCCUCCUCCUCUUCGCCGUCCGCUCCUUCAUCCACAAGCCGGAGCUCACCGUCCUCGCCUCGGUCCUCCUCACGUUCAGCCUCAUGACCCUCAUCGCCGUCGUCCUCCUCCUCCGCAUCGACAUCAAGUACGACCCCGACUGACCCGGGAUCUGCCCGGAGUCGGCCACCCCGGGCAUCAGCCUCAUCGGCAUCAACCCCGGCGUCUCCCAGGACCGCACCAGCCGCGUCGCCUGGAUGAUCUAACCCAUCCCCAACCGCUGUGUUCAAUCCCACAGACACGAAACCCUCCGCUCGUCUUUUGGGUUUGGGGACUGGUCGAAGCUUUUACUUUCGGGGACUUAACACUUAAUGGGCAACGGAGAUGUUAACUGUUUGAGGAAUUUGCGAUUUGACCAUUGAUUCAUAUGUAAAAUUUCGCGGAAAACACGAGAGUACCGCUGAUUUUCCCUGAAAGCAACGCCUAAGCUCGGAAAAAGUUCUCAAAGUUGAAAGCGUAAUAAUGGAAGGAAUAUCCCACGCUAUCCUGAGUGUCCACCUCUACAUCAAGACAAACUCUCCAUGCAAAGAUAGGGAGCACACAUACAUUGGCAGGGCUGCC